AUGUCUUGCGGUGGACUGGUAUCCAAAUACCUACCGGUCGAGGCUCAGAUCUCUCUUUUAUCGGAGUUGGUGCUGAAGCGAAGCUUCGAUGAAGUGGUUGGGUUAGUAGAAGCGACGCAAUUGAGUUCUGAUAAUCUCGAGGAGAUCGAAAAGCAGAUUUUAGAGGUUUUGAAAGACGAUCUGGCGACGUUGUCCGUGGAGGGAAGGGAUGCUUCAACGCCGGAUAGAGAAUUACGUUUUUUGGCACAACUCAUUGGCAAGAUGAGCUCAUUACGAAAACUUUUCGAGUCCUGGAUUGGUAGUGUUAUGAUUGCAUAUGCUUACGAAUACAGAGCGAGGCUUUUUCCGGACGAAGCUCACCAGGAACUUUUGUUUGGAUUUCUUGGCGCUAAGCAAUCAGACGAUCUAGAGGCGAGUGCACCCCAGAGCAGCUUUGAUAUUAUCCUGCUGUUAGAGUUCUUGGAAUCAGCUUGCUUGUUUUCGGAUUCGACAGUUGGGGUCUGCGACUUCGAACUUGAUGCCAUUUUGAUAGGCUUGAUGGGCUGCAAUGAUGAGGUUGUGUCCUCCAAGAGCUCGAAUCUGAUGAGAUGGCGUAUAAACGUUAUUGCUGAGAAAUGCUCUGCUGACACAAAGUUUGAUCAUUUUUGCUGGUCGCUUGUCCAGCAGAUGCUGGCGAGCGACUCUACUUGCUCCUGGAAACAGGCAAAUGGACAUGCAUUUCUGUUGCGCUUUCUCACGGUCUCGGGGUUCACAGCAGGUUUGGAAGCGUUUGUACAAACGGAUGAAUAUUGGACUGCUGUACAGGCUGCGUUGAACGAAAGCAUCCAGGAAUCUCGUAAGAUUGGGCUUUCAAUCCUCAGGUUAACGAUUAAAAAAAUUCCAGACACCAUGAGGCCAUUCUCCACGCACCUAUUUAGAUGGAAUUCAUUGAAUUCAGGCCUCGUGAAAUCGUGGCAGGCGUUUACAACACUUUAUGAGAUCGUCAGUCUGGAUACGGCUCUCAAUCAAAUAGAGGCGGCAAGUGAAGAUAUUUUGAACCUUUUCAAAGAUCCGAAUAUACAUUCUACAUGGGGCUUACUGCUCUUUUCAACAGGACUUAGAGCCUCGAUGGAAAGCGUGCGAAAGUAUAUGGUCGCCUUGCUGCUCAGAAUAGAAGUCAAGUCGGUAUUUGCAAAGGACUUGCGGAACUUGCGGAAUAUAUUCCUGCCUUCAACUAUGGAGGCCCAUUUCUUCAACACGGACGGGAAGUCAUGUCGUUACGGCGAGCGUCUAACACAGUUUAUUUCUGAAGUGCUGCAUGAAUCAGGAGAAGACGCCUCUUUAGUGAUCGAGACUAUCUUGAGGACAUUAGUAGAUCAGGGUGGCUCCUUUGAUCCCGCAAGGAUAUACAUGUCGCUUGGGAUCCUGGAUUACUUGGAACAGGGAAAGCAGAAACCUCUCACAUCGGCCCAUCUUGAUCUGAUCACCAAGUUGUGUGAAUUUGAAAAUGAGGACGCUGUUUUUGAAACCACUAUACAGACCAUUUUCUUAAAAUACCUUCUCCAUAUCUCUCCCUCGGUAUCGCCUGUGGAAUGGACCAAAUGUGUUGUAUCGCACAUCAAGCGCAAGCAAGGUAAUUAUGAAUAUAUUUCUCCGUUGUUGGGCUCAUUCAAGGCCUUCACCUCUAGCCAAUUUACGUUAAAUGUUGCAAGGAAGGAACUGGAGCCCCUUAUUGGGGAAGAUCCAACCACUGAUCUUCUUGCAUUGGUGUUGUUUGACUUCAAAGAAGUUCCUGUGACUCAAGAGUUAUUAAUAGAGAUAGCUAUAUCGCAAGAAAACGUACCAGAGUUGUCCGGAAAUGCUCAGAGUUGUCUACUUUCUUUGGCUGCUGCUCGUGAUGUUGAUUCCCAUUUAUACCGCUCUUCAGAACUGUUACUCGAGUACCCAGGGCUAGACUUCAGCACCCUGAAGAUUGUUAAACUAUCUCCUUUAUUUGACUCACUCAUAAUGAACUUCACUGGCGACAAAUUCAAGUUUUUUGUUGCUAUUUACAAGAAGUUCGCCAACAACUGCAGCGACUCAUUCACACUCAGCUGGCCCUUGCUGGUUAAUCUUUAUCAAACCAUUAAGGCUAACAACAGCGACCCCAAAACAACCAGUUUCAAGAUGAAAGACGAGAUUUACGGUACUUUUUUCGAGCUGCUGUAUUUCUUUCUAGUGUCUAGUCCUACAAAAGUUGCCGUAAAGCCAACAGAACUCAUUGAUCUGUUGCACGAAAAUAUCAACAAAGAUAAUGGCAAUUUUGAGGGAAACAAAGCUGUAGCCAAGCUGUGUGCUCAUAUUCUAGGAAAUUGUAAGCCACAACACGAAGAUGAAGAAGAUUGGUCUAAUGUUUUACGUAUUUUUGAAAUGCUAACCACGAUUUGGGACAAUUUUAGUUGCGAAAGACUUGUACUGAAGCAAAAAAGCCUGCAUCUGGCUACUAUCAAUGGCUUGUUUCAUCCCACAAUCUUGUUAUAUGCUUCUUCGAGAUCGGAAAAUGGAAGAAAUCUUUCAAAGAGAGUACAUUUAUAUGGCAAGAGAAUUAUCGAACAGGCCUAUAAUCGAAGAAGCAUCUUGCCACUUAUCAGUGAAAAUAUUCUCUCUUUUGUGGAAAAGCAUGGGGAUAAACUAGGAAAUGCAGAUCAGGACUACGGGUGGCUGAUUGACAGUAUGACAGGCAUAUUCACCUGUGAGCAAACCAGCGUUAAUAUAUUUCGAUUGAAAACAGUGAUUGCAGACCUUUUUGAAUGCAAGCUGUCUAAAAAUAAUGGGCUCUAUGAACGCAUAUACGGAGUAGAAGAAGUUGCGGCUAAGAUCAGAAUCAUUGCCAGUCUAUUGAAGGCACCACAGCAAUUCAAGGACUGUUUUAUUUCAUAUACUUUCCACAGCACCAACUUACUAUCUGCUAAGAAAAGAACAGACGGUGCUGAAGAGAUUCAGAGAUUGCUCAAAUGGCAAUUGAUUUUGUUGUGUCUCAAAGAUUCGAAUAGGAGAGAUCUGAUAAGCAGCAUACCCGAGCUUAUAUUGAACAACAUCUUGGAUGAAAUUUCUCCCAUUAUUAGAAUUUACAUGGAAUGGACUAUUGCCCUGCUAUUAUCUGAUGCCAAUCAAAAUAUAGAGGAGUUUACAUCAAAACUAUUUCCUUUGAUGGAUGACCACUCUAGACCGAUAGUGGUUGUGAGUGCGCAGCGUAUUCUAUUUCUUAUCCUAAAAGCGCUGGCUUUCAAUAAGUCUCAGACAUUUGAAAAUUUACUGUCCAAGUUCACUAGUGUGCUAAUCCCAAAUGCUACGUCCAGCAAGCCACUCGUAAGACAUUUCUCGAAUUCCUUAAUGUUGCUAUUCUGGCCAUCGUUUCAAGAAUUUGUAAAAGAUCCAACUUUCAGGCUCACAAUCAAAGGACUCUAUGAUAAAGCUGUUGCAACAAAAAUGAGCGGUAAAUAUAGGGCAGGAGAUGCUAACGUUUGGGAUAUCAAUGCUGAUCUUACUUUGACUGGAAUUUUUGGUGGUGUUUUGAAGAAAACAAUUGACCAUCAGUUACCGUACAUUUCCAAAGGUACGUUUAUCAAAUUUCUGCCGUCUCAGGUUUCCCUUGCAGUGGGUCUGGACGAUACUUCCUUGUGGCUAUCGAAAAGAAGUACGAAAGAAAGCGAGACCGAAGUACAACAGUCCCUUUCCAACGGCCUCUCGCAGCUUCAGACUAAAAGUGGUGCUUGGGAAGCUUUGAUGACGAUUGAAACUGAUGGUCAAAAUAAAGCAGUUAAAAGAUCAGAUCUAAUAGUAAUAUCUUCGCUGGUUGACAAGCCGCCCAAUUUAGGAGGUAUUUGCAGAUUGUGUGAUGUGUUGGGGGUUGGCUUAUUGACAGUUCACGACAUCAGAGUUAAAAAUCAUCCGCAAUUCAAGAACGUCGCCGUUACUGCAGAUAAAUGGAUGCCCAUGGCUGAAGUACCAGUUCAAGAAAUCUCCAAUUUCAUGCGUGAGAAGAAGAGAGAGGGCUAUGUCUUGAUUGGCUUGGAACAAACGGACAAAUCCGUCAAGCUCGACACACGAUACAAGUUCCCACGAAAGUCGCUGAUAUUGCUGGGCACCGAGGCGCACGGCAUACCUGGAGAGCUACUGAACCAGUUGGAUCUAUGUGUGGAAAUUCAACAGUUUGGUGUUAUCAGGUCGAUGAACAUUCAAACCGCCACAGCUGUCAUCGUUCACUCGUACACGAUUCAACAUAUGUAA